AUGUCAACAAUUUAUUCAAAUCAAAAUAGUAGAUUAUUAUUUGAAAAAUGUAGAAAUAAUGAAACAGAAAAAGCAAUAGCAAUGAUAAAGGAUAGAGAGAAUUUAAGAAUUAAUGUUAAUGAAAGAUUUGAAGGUGGAUGUACAUCAUUUUUUAUAUGUUGUUAUUUAGGUAAUUUAAAGGUAGCCAAAAUGUUGGUAGACGAAUGUAAUGAUAUAGAUAUAACGAUUGAAAGUGACAAUAUUUCACCAUUCACAGUAUCAUGUGUUCAAGGUAAAACAUCAAUAGUCGAAUACCUAUUGACUGAGCAUGGUAAUAAAGUUGAUGUUCAUUCAAUGAUAACAGGUUUAGUUGGUGCAUGUCAAUACGGAUUUCCACAAAUUGUUAGAAGAAUUUUAGGUAAAGGUGAACUUGAUAUUAAUAUCGCAGUGGACGAUUUCGGUGCAACAUUAUUAUACGUUGCCGUUGAAACUGAAAAUGAAGAAGUUGUAUCAUUAUUAUUAAAUCAAGGAUCAAAUCCAAAUAUAUCAAGAGGUGGUUAUUAUCCAAUUCAUUUAUCAUCACAAAGUGGUAAUUUAAAGAUACUAGAAAUGUUAUUAAAAUCCAACUAUUCAGUCGAAACCACCACCGAUGUUAAUGUACAAACACCAGAUGGCGCAACUUCAUUAUUAAUCGCCGCACAAAAUGGUAAUAUCAAAGUGAUUGACCUUUUAUAUAAAUAUGGAGCCGAUCCAAAUAUUCAAAUGAAAACCGAUGGUUCAACACCACUAUACGUCGCAGCAGCAAGACAUCAUAAAAAUACAAUCGAUGCAUUAUUAGAGAAUAAAGAUUUAGAUAUAAAUCUUGGUUUAUUCGAUGGUACAACAACAUUACAUGUUUUAGCUCAAUUUGGUUAUUUAGAUUCAAUUGAAAAGAUAUUCGAUAGAUUUCAAUCAACCAUUAAAGUUGAUCCAAAAAAGAAUGAUCAAUCAACUCCACUUCAUUUAGCUGCUCGUCAUGGUCAAUAUAAAGUUUGUCAAUUCUUAAUUGAUCAUGGUGCUGAUAUUAAUUUAAUUUGUGAUGGUGAUACUGCUUAUUCAAUCGCAAAAAGAUAUGGUAGAACUGAUACAAUUAAAGUUUUAGAAGAUGCAUUAAAUAAAAAAUAA